ACCUCUAAAAUUAUAAAAAAAAGUAUCAUAAACCAUGCACUUUGGGUGAACUUUAAUGAAAUUUACAUAAAUUUGACUCAUUAAGAUAAAUACACCUUAUUGACAUAUUAUUGAAAUGUCUUUUACUUAUUCAACUUCUAUAUCAUACAAUAUUCACAUAUCAUUUAUAAAAAGCUAGAAUGUUUAUAAAAUAUAUAAAUAUCAUGAGAUAAUGAAUCAAUAAGGUUUUGUGCUUUAUCAUAAACAGUUUGUCCAAAGUAGAUAAAAUCUGCUCUAUUUUUGCUUAUGAGAAUGAAAUGAAGAUGUGGAAGUUACUUUAAUUUAUUAAGUAUCUGUAAUUCAUUACUUUUAGGAAUUUCGGAUUUUUCCUGAAAGUGUAUUAACAAAAGAUCAGACAAUAACUUUUCCUAGACCAAUCAAAGCAAGAUACGUAAAAUUAAAUGAAUCACUUGCAAAUCCAACACUUAAACGACGACGCUUAGAUUUUAUGGUUUACGGUUGUAACUUGAAAAGUAUCAUUGACCUUACCAGCAACAGUUUAUCUGAAAUGCUACCUCUAGAUCAAGAAUUGCGAUCCGGAAACUCAUCAUUCAUUAGAAAUACAAGUGUUGAGGAAUGUAAACAUCUUUGUAAAUCUAAAAAUGGCUGUAGUGUUGUCAGUCACAAUGAACAGAACAUUUGUUAUCACUAUAUGGGUAGUGAACUUGGGAUUUGGAAAAAUACUAAGAUUACAAACGGCAGUCAAUGGUUUGCUAAGCUACAAAACAAUGUAUCUAUGGUAUCCUUUCCGAGGGCUUACCAGAAAGAAUCGUUUUUUAGAACCGUACAGUACAUAGAUGGCGUCUCUAUAAUUACAUCACUCAGUUACCCACUGACGGCAAUUUUAGACAAUGAUAUUUUAUGGAUAGUAAAUUUUGCACAAGGACGGUUUGCCAAAUUUGUAUUCACAAAUGUUUCACUAUCUGAGUGUAAACUCAUUGUUAAAACAUCGAAAGAUGGUAACAAAGGAUUUAGCAUUGACGCGUGGUACAACGAAAAGGUAUUUGUACUAGAAACAGAUAAAAACCUGUUGUUCUUAUCAGCAAUGCCAAACACGGCAAGAUUGCCACCAAAGAUAAAAUUCCGGGCAAUUGUUACAACUGCGGACACUCCACCCUGUUUUUCACUACAUUCAAAUGGACUGUCCAAUAUUAGACAAGAACUGUGCAAUAAACCAAGUAUGUUUCUUGUAUCCCUUUCUUAUUUGAAUCACCCAUUCAAGUGGGAAGAGUUUGAAAUUCAAGCCGGAAAACAUCAAAGCAUCGUCAUCACCUUCAUUGAUGUCUGCAUAGCAUGUUUUAGAUAUAUAGGCUUAG